CCUCCCCAUCAUAUUUAUUUUGGGACCAGCCCCGGCUGUGCACGAGGAGGAGCCCAGUUGUAUACAUUUCGCGUGUGGGUUGUCCAUAAUAAACCGGCGUGCACUUUUCAGCACCAGCAUCGUGUGGAUAGCAGGCCACGGAGCACCGAGGAGGCCAGAGCCCGACGAGGUGGUACGCUCCGGAUACACUUGCUAGCUUGUACCGUGCCAAAAGGCCUCAUCUCGCUUGAAAGGACAAGUUAACGCGGGUGAUAUUUGCGGUCUUUCCGUUACUAAAUGGCUGCAAAUGAAGGGAAACAAAGGUGAUAAAAAGGCUGCGUCCUAGCUGGUGGCUCCUGAUUAUAGUCGCGCCAGAUCUCCAUUGUGUGAGCAUCUCGGUGCUAUUAUCCACUCCUGCCCAACCCCCGGAGUCCCCCCUUCUGCUCCACCCGUGCAGCAGCUACAACUCUUUCGGACUCACUUUUAUUUGGGGCGGGGGGACCACCGCGAGCCUUCCGAAAUGUGCUCCCGCCUUUGGUUCGUGACCGACCGACGUAUUAGCCAGGAAUAUCCCCAAGUUGAGAUCCUCCGGGCAUUGAAGGAGCGCUGCGCCGAGGAGGAUGUGGAAUUCCGCUCUCUUCUCAUGGAUCAAAUCGUGCUCACCAUCAGUGAGGGACAAUUAGGCCUGCAAGUGGAUCAAGAAACGGUGACAUCUUAUCCACAGGUGGUGGUGGUGCGGGUGCCCACACCAUGGGUGCAGUCAGACAGUGACAUCACGGUAUUGCGUCACCUAGAGAAGAUGGGCUGUCGGCUGAUCAAUCGUCCUCAGGCUAUACUCAACUGUGUCAACAAGUUCUGGACCUUUCAAGAGCUAGCUGGCCAUGGCGUGCCUCUUCCUGACACCUUCUCAUAUGGGGGGCAUGACAACUUCCGAAAGAUGAUUGAUGAGGCAGAACCGCUGGGCUACCCAGUAGUGGUGAAGAAUGCACGUGGACACAGAGGCAAGGCUGUGUUCUUGGCGCGGGACAAACACCACCUGACAGACCUGUGCCACUUGAUCCGUCAUGACACACCCUACUUGUUUCAGGAGUAUGUCAAGGAGUCACAUGGCCGUGAUGUACGCGUGGUCCUAGUGGGCGGCAGAGUCAUCGGCUCCAUGCUACGCUGUUCCACUGAUGGACGUAUGCAGAGCAACUGCUCCCUAGGUGGCGUGGGAAUGAUGUGCCCUCUGAGCGAGCAGGGAAAGCAGUUGGCAACUGAGGUAUCAAACAUCCUUGGUAUGGACGUGUGCGGCAUCGACCUCCUGCAGCUCAACGACGGCUCCUUUGUGGUGUGCGAGGCCAACGCCAAUGUGGGCUUCAUCGCCUUCGAUCAGGCUUGUGGCAUGGACGUGGCAGGCAUCGUAGCUGACUACGCUCUUUCCAUGCUCCCCAAUCGCCUCACCCGUAAGAUGUCUUUGCUGUCUGUGGUGUCGAGCACCAGCGAGACAAGCAGCGAGCCUGAAGUGUGUCCGGUUCCCUCCGUGGGGGGCUCCCUGCCCGAGGCGGUGUGCAACAUGAGCGUGGGUUCCACCUCUAGCGAGAGCGACCCCGAGCUUGCCGAGCCUUCCCAGUCACCUCCCUGCCAAGCCUCAGGUCCGGGUCUUCCUGACCCAACCUACAACUUCAACACGUUGCUCGCCAGCGAGAUCAAGCUAUUGACUGAGUGAGAUGCAAAUCGCCUGCACACACCAGCAAAUACACACACACAUGCACACAUUCCUGUUCCAUAUACAUGUAGAUGAAUGCAAAAAAAUACAUUCUUCCUCAUACUAACUCCCUCCAAAAGAUCUGAGGCUGCUCCCCUGACUCCUCUUUCCUCCUAGGGCUAAUUCAAAAAUGUUUUCGCUUCGGGUUUGUUCAGACCAGAAAUUUGUUUGUUAUAGUUUUUCUUUUUGGUGUGCGUGUGUAUGUGUGGGUGGGUGGGGAGAGGGUCGACUACUGUAGGAUAUGGUAGAAUGCAGACUUAAUUUUUCCAAGUUUGUCCAAGAUAAAUACUACAGACCACCAGGCAUGACAUGGGGGAAAAGAUAAUUACUUUGUGGCCUAAAUACACACCCUUGGUCAAAAGGUUUGAGAUUCUUUUUUUAUUCAUCUGAAUGGUGGAAAACUUCAAAACUUAUGACCAUGGGUGUAGCUAUAACAUGUAUACAGUGUCAAUAUGUGGCCACAAAAUAGGUGCAAUCUCUGCUCCAAAAAAGUUUGCUGAUGAUUUAUGGGACGGAUGGCCCUCUGAAGUAAAUUUGAAUUCUGAUCAAAUAAAUCAAUAAAAUGGAAACACAACAUAUAACAUUAAAUAUUAGGUAGUAAAUCAGGUCAGUAAUUUUGAUGGGAAAGGCUUUGCGUGCCCUGAAAAAAAGGCUAACUUGGCAGACAAAUUUGUCUUUGUGUAUUAUAUCUAUAUUGUGGCAGUAUUAAGUUUUCCCCCAUGCCAUGACCCUUUCUAAUGCACAACUCUGGUCAUAUCAUAUUUAAAGCCUAAGAUGCAAGAACCAUUUUACUCUCAUAUCCAAGUUUAUCUGCGCAUUACAUGAAAUCCUCUAGAUAAAUUGCAGAUUGUUUUACUAUGUAGGUCGUUUCAUAUUAAUUACAAGUCUGCCAAGGUUAUAAAAUUCCCACAUUUUUAGCACUUUAUGAGCAACAGAUGCAUUUGUUUGUUUUCCUUUUUGUCCACGAUAGAGAAAAUAUACCUCAAAACAAGUGACCUGUCACUGCUGCAGAAUGGCACACAAUUGUUGGGGAAAAAAUAAUACAGCACAUAUCAGGCAGGAUGCUGCAACUUACACACCUGCUGUUCCUUCUCUCUUGAUCUCUAGUGGUCUUUAGUUAAUGUUACUUUUCAUAUGUAGUUGUUACUGUGGUGGGGCAGGGCGGACCGGCCAAUUUUUCUGUGAUUUUAAAAAAAAAAAAAAAGGGAAAAAUAUUAUUCAAAACAAACACAAAAUUUAAUUCACUUUAGUUUUUUUUACCAGGAAGGGAGCUGAUUGCUGCUAUCAAGCCAGCAAUCCAGAACUGAUCAAAUUUUGACUCUGUUCCACUAAAGUUGCCCUUGGUGUUGACAUUGUUGUGCGUUUUGUUGAUAACUCAGGGAAGCAGCCUGGAUCUAACCUUCAAAUACCAGACAUAUCCAAAAAGACAGAUGAAAACAUAACACAAGCAACAAUGAGGAAAAAGUAUCAUAUGAUGUGAUGAAUUUCACGGCGAACAUGCACUUUUUCCACUUGCUUCUUCUGUAUCGUUCCUUGUUUUAUUCUUAAUUUAUGCUGUUUUUAAAUACAAGUGGUUUGUGUGCACUAAUAUUGUGUCAAAACAAAACAGUGAAGCCUAAUUUUAAUCUCCUUUUUGGGGGGCUGGGGGGUGGAGUGUAGCCAAAGGUAAAAAUUCAAGACACCAGGAAGAACCGCAUCACCCAAGCCCCUACCCAGCUGCUUUCUUUUCGAUCACAGUACCUCUUCUGACGAACAAUACAGACACAAACAUACACACAUACUAUUGUGACGUCGUCUACUAAGUAAACCAUAUCCCAAGAGUCGCCGCACACGUAUAAGUCGACGUUCUCCUAUUAUUGUCCUUGUUACCAUGCCACAUUGUUUACAUCAACGUUACCACAUAUCUACAAUUCUGUGAAACAUAUCUACAGUUCAUAGCAAAAUGAUUCAUUGGCUGGCCUCGAGUUUCUUUUUAGUUUGUGAAUGCUGGAAAUGGACAAUAAGGUAGUGUUGAGAAGGACUGACAGUCACAAUGAAUGGGGCCUUGUGCAUCUCUAGGUUUUUCAUAGCAAAUUCUGAACACUUAGAACUUCACCUACAUUAAAAUAGCAUUAUUGAUACAGCAACAACUUUUUUUAUAGCAUUAAGAGCAAUAAAUAAAAAUUAUUGUCAUAAAAUAGCCUAAUCACAUCAUAAAUAUUAUUUUUAAACAUGUUCAAAGUGCCUAUUAAUGAGGAUGAACAUGAAAUGUACAAAAAAAAUUAUAUAGCGAAGUUAAAAAACGCAAUUGCGCAUUAUAUCUUGGCACAUCGUUUUAGGGAAGUCUUUAUGUUUUGUGGAUAUUGGCGUAUUUCGUGUGAAUAUGUGUACCAUUGCACCCCAAGCGAUAACAUUUCAGAAAAAAUCCUUUAAAAAUAUUUUCUAAAAUAAACCAGGCCAAUUUGCAGAGAAUAUACAGUAUUCCACUGUGCGAGGAGUCCUGUGCUAUAUCAUUCUUUGGUGUCUGGUUCUUUCCGCACUGUUUGUAACUUCGAAAGAUGGUCUGCUGGUACCAUCAAUGGACUGUAAAGAAGAACUGGACAUUGCACUGGUAAUGUCACCCAUAGCGUUCGCCUGCUCCCAUUUGAAGUUCGCUUGUAACUGGUCAGGGCGCCACUACGACAGCCGAAAUAUUUUGCUUUCAGCGUUCAUGAAGUCCUUAUCUGGGGUAUUUGGGCAGUAGGCAUUCUCUACUUGAGUCUAGGCAAGACAAGACAAAUUUGUAUUGCACAAUUAGACACAAGGCAAUUCAAAGUGAUUUACAUCACAUGAAGAUCCACAAACAGAGCUAAAAUGAUUCAUGAAAAUCACAUUAAAUCAAAAAGAAAGUUAAAAACAAAGGCAAUUGAAACAGGAAAUUAAAUUAUACAUAAAAAUCACAAUAAAUCAUCAAAAGAAUUAAAAAUAAUAAUAAUAAUUGAAAUUAGAAUGGAAAUAAAACCAAAAAAAUUAAAAAAGCAGAUAACUUUUGAAAUAUAUAGACAGUCAUGAAUACGCUGUGGUAAACAAUUGCGUUUUUAGCCAGAUUUAAAGGCGCUAACAGUUUGAGCACACUUCAGACCUUCAGGUAACUUGCUCCGGAGGUGAGGAGCAUAGUAAGUAAAUGCUGCCUCACCGAAACGCGCCGACUAAUUCCGAGAUAUUCCAGAAAUGCAAGUGGCCCUUGCCCUCUUAUGAUUUAUUUAUGUAUUUAUUUAUUUUUUUAGAUUUAAGACUUAAUAACCGUGGUACAAAAAAACACCCCCCUGUACAGUUGUCAUGAAGUAUUUUUGUCGCUAUCCAGUCCAAAUUCAAAGUUUAAACCAGGCUAUAAACAGGUUUAUUUUGAUGGUGGAAUUGGACAGUUUAGACAAGAGUUUCAAUGUAAACUGCUCUCUCCUAAGAGAGUCCCAAGGAGCCAUACCCAGUGAGCAAUGUCGGUUACCAUAAGCUUUUUCAAACUCACUUCCAGGACUUCAUUUAGAAAGAGUGCAGGUUGGGGCAUGGUACCAUCAUAAACGUGUAAUUUUUUUUACUAUAUGUCGGGAACCCACCCAUUUACCGACUUUUGCCUCCCACCACAUAAGUUGAUGACUGGCCAGUGAUACCAGUUUCUGAAUAGAGCUCAUCUAAACAAAUUUGUUUCAGGACAGGUCUGGGAAUUUGCCCCAAAUUUCAAAUGACGGAACUCAAGGGGGAACAUUUUUCAUACUGUUCCCGGGUCACUACUGAAUGAGUGUCCAUGUCACAAUAAAUGUGUUUUAUUGUUGUUUAUUAUGAGCAUUUGUACAUUAAAUUGGAAGGGAGAAAUUUGUUUUAGUCAUUUUUAGAAUUUCACAGCAGACCAUAAUUUGGCCCAUGGGCUGUGUUUUAAAAUUGUGCUAAAAGUUAUAAAAAUUCUUUAGAAUUGUGCAAAAAAUUCCUUCCUAAUGAUAAUCAACUUUACAUAAAAUAUUCCCAAAUGUUGCAAAACAAUUAAAUUAGUAAAUAAUUUACAUGAAUUACUUUUUAAACUCUUUUGGUGACACUCUUCUUUUGUCAGUUCCAGCAAAGAGAAUUUAUUUGGACUCAAAAUGUGGCCAGUUUAUGAAUCAUUCAGGGCUUAAGUGUACAUCUAGAGUCUCUGGACAAGUUUUGCAGCGCACAAGGGCAAAUAUUCAUUCUUACAGAUGCUUGUGUAUAUUUGGCACACAGAAAGAAAAAGGGAAUAUGAGGAUACCCACACAUUUCCAUUGUUUUACUGUCUUCUCCCAAUGAAUCCGAAAGCCAAAAACAUGCUGUAUGAUUGAGUAAUAAUAUGAGUAAAUACUGGUGGGAAAAAAAAUACAUGUAUAUAAUUUGGAGGAAAAAAUAGCACUCGGGUUGAACUGUUUAUUAACAACAAUGCAAUGUUUAAGCUUCAGUGACACGUUGGAGCCCUGUCUUGGUGUGUAGCGUCUAGAAAUACUGACUUGAGAUAAAAGCUAAAGGCUGUUUGAUGAUAGGAAGUACUGCAAUGGUACGCUGUGAAGCAAUCACCCUUACCUUUACAUACUGUCCAUCAUUCUGAAAGUCUUAUGUUCCCAAAUAUGAUUAACAAAUGUUCCAAAUAGUGUAAAUAGAGCCCUCCUUCUUUUUCUUUUGUUUUUUUUUUUUAGAUGAAAAUAAAGACAAGUCAGUUCAAAACCAAAAAAGCAUGUCCCUCUCCUGUUUUCACUUCAUCUUCCAACUGUUAAAAAAAAAAAAAAAAUGUGCUCGUGGGCCGUACCUUUCAUAACCCUGUUGUAGAGGCUAAGCAUAGUUUAGCUGUGCCUCUUAACUCAGCCGUUGAAGGAGAGACUGGAUGGGCUCCGUCAGGUCAUGGUUUGGUAUGAGCUGGCUCGCUUCCAGCGCCAUGUGGCCAAAUCCCAAUGCCUGACACACAAAACAGAAACAAAGACAAGCAGCAGCAGCUGUCACACGAUGUGAAAAAUCUGAUUUAUGUAAUAUCAAAUGCAAUCUGACCUGGCCUGCAUAACCCAGCCCACAUUUUAUCUUUCAAAUGAUGCGACUCGCUUUGCUGUUUUGGUCAUAUUUAUUAUUAUUAUUAUUAUCAUUAUUAUUAUUAUACUGAUUAUAAAACUAAAGGAGGAAAAUGGAAAUACAUUUACACUGCUCUUUAUGUUUUUCCACGGAGCCUGAUCACACUAGCAGAUCAUUGACAAGGGAU